AUGAAAGAUAAAUAAAUAAGUUAGUUACAAAGUCUAAAUUUGCAACAAAACUAAAUCAAAUAAUUUCAUUAGUCAUAGCCUGGCCACAAGCAAAAUAGUUAAUCAAUUAAUACUAUUCCUAUAUACAAACAAACUCUACAGGAAAAAAUAUAUAAUAAAGUUCUAGAUAACAUAAAUUUUGAUGAUUUCAAUUUAAAUGGUAAGCAAAAGUUGAGAAACAACUUUUUUUAACCUUAAACUGCAAAAUAAAUGGAAUAAAAAUAACUCAAUUUUAAUUCUACAAAGAAUUUAUAAAAUAAUGUAGAUAAAAUAAAUAUACUCUCUAAACAGAUUGAAAACAGCUAGAAUGGAAUCUAGAAAAAAAAAUUUAAAAAUUAGACUUUUUUAGGAUUAUCUUUUUAAUCUAACGAAUAUGAUUAAGAUUAGUCUAAAUUUCAUUCAUAAAAUAUUGAUCAUCUUAGCAAAGCGAAUCAAUCAAGUAACACAUUUCUAAAUGAUCAAUCUGAAAAUUAUAGAGUAUAGUUCAAUAGAGAUUAAUUUCGAUAGUAAAGUGGAUUGAGAUCACCUAAUUAGGAUUAAAAAAAUAGAAAAUUUACACUAUCUUUAUUAAAUAAGGAAAAGAAAAUUGAAGGUAAAAAAGUUUUUUAUUGCUUAAAAAAUGCUAUUAAGUAAGACUCAAUCAAGUAACUUUAACAGUUAACAAUAUUUCAAUAAGCAAUUAUUUCAGAUGAUUUAAAAUAAAAUUUUAUCCCUAAAAUGCUAAAUGUACAGCAUUUGUCUCCUAAUAGAAACAUGCAUAAUGAAGAUAUGAGUGGUAUACAUUCAGCUACUUCUGCUUUAAACAAAUAAGCUAAAAUAGAUGAAAUUAGAGGUGAUCAUUAAUCUAAACUCCUUGCCAAUAUGAAGCUUAGAAAUCAAAAAAGGAUUUCUUCUUAAAACUUUUCAAACGAAAGAAAUGCUAUGUCUGUAAUAUCUAGCUCUUCGAAAAAUCACUUCAAAGAUUAGUCAGUUCACAUUCAAUAAAGCUCAAAUUAAAAUUCUUAGAUAGUUGGUUUGAACAAGCAGCCUUCUAUGCACAUGGAAAAGCAUUAAUCUAAUAGAAUUUCAAGUUAAUUUAAAAAAAUGGCCUUUAUUUAUUAAAAUGAUGUUCAUGCAUAGAAUAAUGGCAUUGAUUAAAAGCUUUUAAUGAUAAUAAAGAUUUUAGAUUCUAGAACUAAAAUAAUAAAAGACCUUAAAGCUUUUAAUCUAGAUAAUACUAUAUUAUAACUAAUGGAUAUAAUGAAGUUUGGAAUUGAAUAUGAUGACUUAGAUUUAAUGAUGGAAGUAAUUAUGGCUAUGGGAGAUGUUUAUGUUAUGUUUGGAGAUCUACAAUCAGCUUUAAAUGCUUUUAACACUGUGAGAGUCCUCUCAGACUUCACUCAAAACUUUAAAAAAAAAAUUGAAUGUCAUCUGCAUUUAUCUUAAGUAUCAAAAAAGCUCAAGUUGUACUAGUAUGCACUAAAAUUUAUGAAAAAGGCUUUACAAUAUGUGUGGGAAAUAAAGGAUGUUGACACAGAGAUCCAUAUAUAUGAAGAGAUAGGACUCAUAUUUUUUCAUCUUUCAAACUUAGAAAAAGCUGCAUAAUUCCAUCAAAGGGCAAUAAAUGGAGGAGUAGAGUAUAUUAAUAGUAAUUAAAGGUAGUAGGCAAGCAAAAAUCUGCAUUUUUAUUUGUCAAACUUAGAGAAUAAAAUAGAAUCAAUUGACAAAUAUAUAACUUUAAAAAUACCGAUGCUUCCAUUUUAAUUUGUUCCAAUUGAAGAAAAUGAAGUAAUUCCUCAACAUAUUGUAAAUAAUUACAUGAAAAAGAACAAGGUGAAAUUGAUAUUUGAUGCAAAAGGAUUUAAAUCAGAAAUGAGUGAGUAAUAUUAAUUAGAGCAAAUAUUUGCAAGUGAUGAAUUUUAUAUUGAGAUUUAAACUCCUAGAAAUGAUUCUCAAUUAAAUAGAUUUGCCAACAACGAAGAAGAAAUCAUUUUAAAGGAUUUAGAUGAAAAAGAAUAAGAUUAUUUAGUAAAAUCAAGCAUUAGAUUCGGUCACAAUAGAAGUGAAUCUUAAAAAUUUAUUCCUCCAAAGCAUUUGAUGAAAAAGCAAGAUUACAAUACCACUUUCUAUUUGAAUGAAAGUUUGAAAAAAAAAUCUUUGGAAGAAAAAAUUAAAGAUAGAGUAGAAGAGCUGAAGUUGUGGGAAAAAAGAGAUCACUUAGGAAAAUUAAUGAGCAACCCAUUUAUUAAGAGUGGACACUCUAAAAUUAAUUAAAUAGUGCAAAUAAACCAUUUAGGUGUAAAUAGAAAUGUUGAUAAUUUUGACAACUCCCAGAAUAUUCAAAUCUCUAAAUCUAAUAUGUUUUUUAAUAAAAUAAUAUCCUAACAAUACUAAAAAAAUGUAAAAAUAAAUAUGUGA